AUGCCCGCCCUUCCUCCAUCGACGACGAUACCCUCAGGGCAUCAUCUUCUCGCAGUUCGCCAGAAUGACGACUCAAGCCCAUCCUUCACCGCCGUGCCAACAGUUUACAAGAGUGCCGAUACCUCCCUUCAUCCCGGUGCCGUCGCUGGCAUUGUCCUUGGCUCUGUAGCAGCCUUCCUCCUAUUAUUAUACCUCAUCUACAUGCUCCUACAUCGUGGCCCCGUCGUGAGACCCAUGGGCGACGGCGCUUCCACAGUGGUAUCAGGCUAUCCUAUGAGCACAGUCACAGGCGACACAUCCACAUAUCUGAGUUUCCGAAGCAGAAGGGACCGCAGACCGAGAAACAGAUCCCGUAGCAGGGCUACAUCCAGAUCAAAGAGGACACGAUCUCGUACAACAGUGCAAUCGAGGGACCGAAGCCGCAGAAGAGGAUCUCCCCUCGUCAGCGAAAGCCAGGCCUCGCGUGUCAUCGUCGACCCGCCUGCUCCGCGCUACGCUCAAGAUUCAAUGCUUUCAUCCGAUAACGAGAUUGUUGUGGAAGAGGAGCACAGCGUUUCUACGGCUCCGCGCCGCUCACGACGACGUAGCCAGGACCGGUACCGUCGGGAUCCCCUGAUUGGUGAAGGAUAUCGUUCAUCGAGGGAAUACUCGCCGAGAGACUAUUCGCCUAGAAGGGAAAGCAGGAGAUACAGCCGAGAUCGUAGAUGA